GCUACUGCUACUUACUACACUCAUGUAUUUGUAGCGCUGAAACCUCGCUCUACCCUAUCAGUCCGCUAUUUUGUUCUUGUUCACAGUCCUGGUUUGAAAUGCUCGUGCUUCAUUGUAAAGCCGUUCUUCUAGAAUGACUCUCCCGACUGGAAAAUCGGCACGACUCCGGCGAUUGCGAACACGAAGACGGCGUGAUAGUCACAAGUUUCAUGCGCUCACUUUCACUGGCCACAGGGCUAACGUGGGUGUUUGCUUUUCUGGCGGCGGCCCUCGAGCUGCCAUGUUCGCAGCCGGCGCGUGGAAAGAGUUACUUGCGUCGAACAUUCGUGUGGAUUAUCUGAGUACGGUCAGCGGUGGCGGAUACAUUGCUAGUUCUUACAUGGAUUGGAUAUUUCGACAGUCGCAGGGCGAUCGGGAUUCCAGUUGGCACGAGGAGUAUUUUGCGCAACUAAUUCCGGGCCUAGUCAGUAUGUUCGCUCGGCUGGAGCAAAGCACACUGCUGGGAGCGUUCGACCUGUUCUCGUGUUGCCUUUCCAUAUUUUGGUUUACUUGCGUUGUGUGCCCGCUGGCUAUCCUGCCAGUGAAGUCAGUACUGGUCGCGACUGCUAUGCAGAUGCUCCGUCCGACGUUAGAGAGCCUCCUGGUCGACAGUGGCGCAGGGUGCGCAGGCAAAUCGAUCCCGGCGAGCGUCGUGUGCGCUUCUGUGUGCUUGAGCCUUGCCGUUAUCAAGCGCCUCCUGGGAGCAAUGCUGCCAACUGGUCUUUUUCGACACCUGCUCUCCAGCCUACUUGGCAUAGCAGCGGUGCGAUAUCUCCUGGUGUGCUCUGUAUGCUGGAUGUAUGAGAGUAUGGAACUUUCUAACCUCUGCUUGCAAAGCUGCAACCACCUGAAGGAAUCUGAAGAUGGCGACCUGCUGUGCACGCUGACUUCAUGGUAUGUCUACCUGCUCCUGAUAGGCGUACUGGCUGCAAUGGUACACCUUCUUUUCUCUGAGUUUGCCGAGGAAAGACGGGCAAAUGUCCUGAUGGUCUUCUUGCUUCUCGCAGCUUCAGCUAUCCAGGGAGAGUAUCGUCGUUCACCCACUGGAGAGGUGGUGCAAGAGGCCGACUGGAGUAUCGGUGUGACUCUGCUACUCUUCACCAUACAUCCCAUGCUGUUUGCGUACCAGCAAGGAUGGGCUUUCCAGUACUACAGGAAUGUCAUCCGUGGUGCAUUCUAUCAUCCAGAUGGCUGCAAGAGAACACCGUGGCUGGAGCGAUUCCUACCAGUAGGCUCACACAUCAAUACGAAUCCGGCCUCCUCGUCAUCACCACAAGAUAUGAAAGGAAAAGAAUUGCCCAUGGGUCAGCUAGGUGAUAUUGAACCAGAAUGGAUAUGCCAGAUGACGUUGAACAACUGGAAAUUUGACGAGCAUGAUCAUGAUUACAAGCUGAUCACGAUUUCGCCAAAACUGGUUGACAUAAUCUCGCAGUCGACAUCAGAUAAAAGCAAGUACCUGGACAUGUCUCCGCACAGCCUGUCAUUGAGUAUGGUGAUGACCAUCAGCGCAGCGUUUCUCUCGCCAUCACCAGGUGCUUUCUCAAAUCUGAUCGCUUAUGUUCGUGAAGCUUUGAUCUUUCUCGGCGUACGCUUUGAUGCCAACAUUCCCACCUGGUUCACCGGGUUUGGAAUUAAGAACACUUUUCUACAGUUCCUGUCUCCGUUUGUCAUUCAAUUCGCUCUGGGCAGUGUUUUGUGGAUACACCUAUUUGCGCCCAGUCAGCUACAAGAACCAGCAGUGUCUGUGUUUCUAGAGCUGCUGUGGACGGGGUUCAUCGUCAUAGUCACAGUGCCAAACAGUGAAGGAAUACUGUUCAGUGAUCCGCUGACAGAGUGGAUAGCAUCUUUUUCCACGAAGUUCAUAACCAGCUCACCGCUGGCACUGAUGUUCAGAGAAGUCCUCUGCUCCGCGGCGUGUGGCACGUAUCCUGACGUCACCGUCAACGUAUCGGAUGGCGGCCAUACCGAAAACCUUGGCCUACUACCGCUGCUGAAGAGGAGAUCUAAAUUCAUUAUCGUCUGUGAUGGGUCUGCUAAUGUAGGCAUUGGCAAUUGCUCGGAGCUGGAGAGAUCCCUGCAGCUUGCGCGCCAAUGGCUGGGUUGUCGUUUCACCAGCCUGGAGGGCAUGGACCUGGACGCAGAUAUUCUGCAGACGCUGGGAAGCAGCAGUAACGGCGUAGCACCACAAGCAUUUCACUUCAAGGUGCGGUACAUUGGCAUGCGAACAGGAGUCGUCAAUGGCGUGCACGAGGGCGACAUCUUGGUAUUACAGCCGCGUCACCCAGCUCACAGAGUGGAGGGCGUAUGGUCGGGUCCGACGGAUCCCUCCUGGACACCUGAACGUGCUGACGAACUGACCGGCGUAUUCUGCAGAGCCACCGAUGGCAAGUGUCCCAGGCUAUUUCAGGCAUUCUUCGGUAAAUACCCUCUCUAUGCUGCGAUGCUUCUGACACCAUCGCCCACACUCAGCGAGGCGCUGUUUGCCGAUGGAGAAAGGGCAGCCAACGCUCCAGCCGUGCAGAAAUUCCUCGAGGAACUGCCUCAGAAGUCCUUGUUGAAGAAAGCCAGCUUUGAGUUCAUAGAGCCGCUCCUAGAGUGAAAAAUAGCAAUAAAAAGUACGGAAAUCCAUCGAAUUGUUUCCUCCUAGAGUUGCAGAGGAAAUUAUUUUUUCAGAAAUCUUUUCCCGCCUAUGAGGGGCAGUAGCAUUCGCCUCCGUCUUGCUAUGAUGCAUUUGUGUGGUGAUGAAGCUGACGCUAACCUGUUGGCUGAUCUUAUCAGGAUUCCUAAAUUUUAUCAACUAUGCAUAGCCUUGGAGCAGGGGAGAGGGGUUGGGGUACGUGCAGCAAAAUAAGAAGAGAGCAGAAUAGAGAGGAAAAAGAAGAACGCGAAGUUGAUAUUUUGUCAGUUUAGCUAGGAAAACAAUACCUAGGUUUGUUAAAUUUUCUUUUUCACAAAAGGCAAAACUGCAAGUAACUAUGCGUACAAGCUCGAUUUCCUUGAUUUAGGCGGUGCAGGAAAUUAUGCCCCAUGUAGCAAUUGCUCUUCUGCUGCGUUCAGUAGCAGGUUUCGUUACAUUAGCCUUCUGAAUCAUGAAGUGAUAAAGCAGCAGUCAGCAGUGACUUUCUUGCAACGUUUUCUUUUGAAAUUUCUGUUCUAUUUUGGCAUGAUGGGUAGUAAUGUUGGCGGUGACAUUUGCGCCUGCUUUCUAGUUGGUGACACAAUAUUUAUAUCUUACGUCACAACAGAACAACCUUGUUGUUCUGUUGUGUAUUACGCUCUGCCUUUGUGGUGUUUGUGGUGUUGAGCACUGUCAGCACUCUGGGUACAUCCUUCGGUAUAUUUUACGUCAAACGAAUUUCCUCUGUCAAGCGUUGUUUUUGAAAUAGGGAUGAUACAAUGAGUGAACCGGUACAUAACAUAUUAUUAUUGAAAAUUUUGAAGAAUACAUGUACAAACUAACUCAUCUUCUUUGAGGUUCAAUGAUAUGUGUUUUUUGUGGGCGACUCGACCCAGUAACCUGCAGAUUCCUCUUAGGUGGUGACAUUGCUCGCUAGUAAAACAGUACUGUGUGCAU